UUUUCCUUUUUUUUUUCCUACGUUGUUUGAUCAAUUUUUGUCGAUUAAGGAGGGAACAGUCGGCUCUACCGCCUGCACAGAGGCUAUGGACCGAACGAAGACGUUUUCUCCUUAUUCCUCGCACCGUGGAACAAACUGUGUUCGCCCGACAACCCCCGUUCCUUAUUUGAAAAUGUUUAUCCCUAUCCGUAUUGGAUAACGUAGUAUAAAUAAAUAAAUAAAUAAAUAAAUAAAUAAACAAAUGCCUUCCCGGGGAAACAAACGCCUACUUUCCGCCGUCGUUUCCGGGCUCGGUAACAGUGCACUCGAGCUCGCUCGGCCAUAAAGAGGCAGGCGCAGGGAGCGAGAUAGAGAAGCCCACGGCGGCCGCAAUGCGGAAGGAAGCCAGCCCAGCACGCGCCGCCCGCCAUGCAAAGCAGAACCGAGCGACGUCCCAGCGCGCGUGCCGUCGACGGGGAAGCCGUGGCAGCGAGCCAGAAGCGGACGACGCAAAUGUGGAGUUGCGACUCCCCCUUUCCCGCCAGUCGGCGCGUGAGCCCGGCCUUGGGCCGAAGCCAGUCGCCGCCAUCUUGGGCUGCGCCUGCUUCCGCUUCACCGAGCUGCCGCGCCCAGAGACUGUUGUAGGACCCGUCUCGACGGCUCGCUUCCGCUUCGCCAUCUCUCCGAACGUGGAGCGGCAGCCACUGAACGAGAGUGACAUCGCAACUGAGGCGGUGUCUCAGCGCUGUGCCGUGUUCAGUGGAACGCAGUCGGGUGGUAGCUGGCGUCCAUCGACACAUAUGCAAAACGAAAACAGGGGGAGAUAGGGACGACGAACAAGCGUAUCUGCAGAACGUACACAGUUAUCACGAACGAGCGACCGCCGGUUUUGCACCCACAAGGGCGACGAAAAAGUGUUCGUUCGGUUCACAGCCUUAGCCGGUAAAUGCUGGUCAAUAGAAAGUUUUGCGUCAUUCCGAUAACGAUACGGCGCAUGCGCAAACGUGGCGGCAGCCGCGGAUCAUCGCGUAUCCGUUAUCCUCCGCUCAAACUCUUCAUUAGUACCGUGUCCGGGCAAAGUACGAGGAAGCGCCGAUGUCGUGUUCCGGCUAGUCGUACCGCGCCAUGCACGUUCCAGACGCGAGCGAUGAAGCUCUCGCAGCUUCUGUGAUUUUUGACAACAGCGAUAUGACUGGCGGGAGGACAAGGUCGAUUCUGGGCUUCUCGCACUACACGUCCACACGCAGUGACGCAACAACGGGAGACGAGCGAGCAAACGGUCAACAAUAAUAUACAGUAACAUUUUCGGGGGGAGGAGAGGGGGGGGGGGGGGGGGGGGGGGCAGUGUCUAUAUUCACAAGAAUAUACCUCACCCUUCGGCAUCCAUAGAGAAGGGCCCGGACACAUCAGUACUGGUCAACGCUACCUAGGCCGCAAACGACGACGCGCACUGGGAACUUUCCACGCUCAGCGAGCCAAUUUCGCACCAUCGCGUUCCGGCGGCAACAGGCGGCUCUCCCGAGACUCGGCGGCGUCGUUUUGCGCCAGUGUCCGAGCCGUCGCGGCACGGCUUCCGUUGCGUCUACUGUGACGCCCUGAUCGGGUUCGACGAACACGACGGUUCCCGCGCUCCUACGUGUCUGCUGCAGGCGAGACGCUCAAAGUCCCUCCACGCGGCUCGCGCGUCCGGUCCGGCGUCGCCUACCUCAGCCGACAACGAGGCGCUCAGGGAACUCUGCAAACACAAAGGGGCAGCAACGGCUUCGGCGCCUCCAGAAGUCGGCGAAAGCCGAGGGUCAAGUAAACGGCCACCACAUACAACUGUCUUUACAUAAACGGUCACCACAUACAACUAACUGUGUAUUACGGUCAUGGUCGGUCUGUACCCUGUACUGCCUUUUUUUUUUUUUUUUCAACGAGUGUGUUACGAUUUGUUGAUGGCAGAACUAAGCUCUGUUCUCGCACAGCCGCUAUGGGUUGGAUGUAGAAAGCACGGAGCUCCAAAUGGGCCGGGGAACGCUCGGUAGCUUAGUCAGAAUCCACCGAACGCAACCUCCAGAGAAAAUAAAAUUAAAGUUAUCUAAGGAAAAACAAAAAUGCCUGAAAUGGACCGUGAGUACUCGAGUCCAAAAAGCGGCCAGAAGCCCUGUCGCAAUCAGCGAUGUCGUCGCUGCUGCCAUUAGAGAGGCACGAAUUUCAGAGUCAUCAACGCUACUGCAGCCGCGAGCUCAGCGGCGGCGCGCAAGCGAAGUGCCGGGAGGUACAACCACACACAAAGUUGGAUGCCUCCUCUCCGUUGACGCACACGAUAACGAACAAAAGCGACAUGAAAAGAGAACGUCGAAGCCCCGCAAUAUCCUCCGCGUUUUCUGUCAUACAUACGGAAAGAGGCACGUCGCGACUAAGCCUGCCGCCAGAGAGAUGUAUGUGCAAGCGAGGGGGCCGCACCACGGAGGAGCAAUUACACCGGGCAGCAAAGGGGACGGCGCAAUUAUCUCUCGCUUUCUUCCCAAAACAUCGCCGCCAGAUUGUGCAGCCGCUGCAAAACAGCCACAACGGGCAACAGCACGACACCAAGCAAGCAAGCACAACGGCAGCCACAGCCCGCCGUCGACCAGCCGAACACGGAGAGACACCGCAGGAAAAAGCCCCAAAAGUACAAGCGACAGCAAAAAGGGAGAAAAAGAAAUAAUAUACGCGGCGAAGUCGGGCGCGCAGAAACGUGCCAGCAAAGCAGAAAAACUUUUCUUCGACGGCUGUUCCUCCGCGCGCGCGUCAUCCCCGGCUCUCCGCGGCAGACUCCGAUUGGACGCUGCUCGCGAGCGCUCUUCCAGGGCGCGCUCGCACUCCCUGUUUCUCCCGCAGUCUCCGAGCCAAGCUGGAAAGCGGCGGCCGCUGCUGCUGCCGCUCAACCGUUUCGACGAUCGCGACAUCGCUAAGCCUUGGCGGGACUACGCGUACGCUCACCGAUCUGCUGUCCAGAUAAGCAUCGGCGUUAGCGGGUGAGAGGGGCUCGCCGGAAAGCCUCUCUGAGCCGGUAGCUGACGCCAGCCCGAAAACGAGGGAUGGUUCCAAAAGCC